GGGGCGACCGUAAACAGAGGAACGCGGAAACAAAAGAGGUUUUUAUAAAAACACAAACACAUACCAGGCUGUCGAAGUACUCAGGGAAUAUAUUGCAGCCAUUGAUUUCGUUGGCAAUAAUAUUGACGUCGAAAGUAAAGAGCGAGUCAGAGUAAGUUCGGAAGCGAACUGCACCACUGAGCAUGGCAUUGAAAAGAAUACAAAAGGAGCUACAGGACCUGCAGAGAGAUCCUCCGGCACAGUGCUCUGCUGGACCAAUGGGGGAUGACUUGUUUCAUUGGCAGGCGACUAUAAUGGGUCCGGGGGACAGUCCUUACCAAGGAGGUGUUUUCUUCCUCACAAUCCAUUUCCCCACUGACUACCCAUUCAAGCCACCAAAGGUUGCAUUUACAACAAAGAUUUAUCACCCAAAUAUAAACAGCAAUGGUAGUAUCUGUUUGGACAUAUUACGGUCACAGUGGUCCCCUGCACUAACAGUGUCUAAAGUUUUAUUGUCCAUAUGUUCAUUGCUUUGUGAUCCAAACCCAGACGACCCCUUAGUGCCAGACAUAGCACACAUCUACAAGAAUGACAAAGACAAAUACAACAAACUAGCAAAAGAAUGGACCCAAAAGUAUGCCAUGUAAAGAAAGAAAACAUCAAAGAUUAAAAAAAAAAACACGAUUUCUCUUUCUUUUUCCUUACUUUUUUUAAAGUCACAACACACUGUACAUUAUAGUAUAAAAUUCUUAAGUAAUCUUAGGUAACUUCCAUCAAACUGUGCUGUCAUCAACAUUAUUAAUCUGAAACCAUGUCAUCUUCAAUAUUUGUUUUUGAAAAGAAUAAGAAGGUUUUACUUUGAGGAGACGGGUCUGAUAGCUUGUGCUUAUUUAAUGGAUACCUUGACAUUUUUACAUUUGGUAUGUUGUUGCAUUGGAUAAACCUGUAUGGUAGGAGGCAGGUUAAAAAUCGCUUUACAGCAUUCCUCAUUUUGUAAGAAAAACUACAAAUUUGUAUGACAGAAGUUCCAUCAAAUGCCAUUCAGCAACAAGCCUUUUUCAGAGGUGCUUAGUGACCAUUCAGGAGGUUAAGAUAAUAGCUCCACAACUGGAAAAUCCAGCUUCAGUUCCUGCUGCAUCUAACAGCGAAAAACACACGACCACAGAGGCACUGCACUGAAGGGUGAAUGUGAAAUAUGUCUGGCACAUGAGUAUAUCAUAAUUUCUCCUUUAUGUUCACAAUUUCAUUUGAUUAAGGUUUUUGUUGAGUUCUUUUGCAUCUUGUAGCAGACAAAGUUGAAUGAAACAAUGUACUGUUGCGUCACCCUGAAAAUGGGUUAGGGUUAAGUCAUGUAUUAAUGUGUUUUUCAUUUGUUAUUAUUAUUAUUAUUAUUAUUAUUAUUAUUAAAACUGUAUAGUAUUAAAAACUCUGGAACAAUAUUAUUAUUUUCUUUGAUGUUUCCAGCCAUCACAGUGUAAAUCCGUCAUUAAGAGGAUGUACUCUUGUCCCCUGAGAUCAGCUGUUGGUUGGAUUUACAGAGGCACAAAUAUCAGAUUUGUAACCUAGGGGAAAGGGUUUAUUAAAAUUUUUUUCUGUUUGACCCCCAGUCUGUCGACCUGUUUAUGCUAUUGAAAGGGUGAAAUCCUGUUUUCUGUUCCUGUGUAAACUGUCUCUCACUUGUGUCUUUGAGGCCUGCGUGGCACCUUUUGUACUGGAUUAAAGAAUGGUACGGUUUUUAUCAUGA